AUGACUGAAGACGACACCGAUAGAGUGAUUUCAAUAGUUCCGUACCUGCUCCCGCCACUAGACGCCAAGUUGGCGAAACUCCUCGACCUAGACGCCACAGAAAGUGAGGGCUACACAGAGCUACACGCGGAUGUGCUUUUCUCGGGCUCUGUUCCCAUAUACAAAGAUGCCAAUCUCCAGCUUUUGCUCCAGCAGAGUCACGUUGCAACGACCAAAACUGAGCAACGCGCCGCUGCCAGCGCCGACCGCAUGGACGUGGACCAGGAAUUGAAGCGCCACGUGGAAAUCGGCACCUUUGCCCUAGAGCAGUCACCGUGGACAUUUGCAUUACACGGAUUCCCACAUAUCCACAGCUACUUCGACCUCGAAGCGGCCUUGGUCCGGAUGAUGGACACAGACUUCCGGUGGACCAUCAUCAACUACGAGCAUAUCGACAACCGUUUGGUGUUUGUCAGGCUCAACAGCUUUGAGGCGUUGCGGCAGUCAGUAGAGGCGGUCUUGUCUGUCAAGUUGUUUGAGGGGGGGCUUUCAGUGCGGGUUGACCACCGCACGUUUGAGGCGCUAAAGCCGGUCAAAGGCACCGAAGACGAAGCGAAACGGGCAAACAUCGAAAAAUUGUUCGUAAAAUCUCCGUCAACCAAAGCGCGUAAUGAUGAUGACGACAAGAAGAACGAACUCCUCUACUCCAAGUACAAGAUCGAAGACAGUGAGCUUAUUGACGUUCCGACGGAUUACCGCAAGUCUGUGGUGAAGGACAUCAUCAGGUUCCGCACCCGGGUGUUGAAGAUUGAGCAGGAGAAGCGGUCGAAGGAGAUCGAAACUGAGCGCAAAAAAUCCAAACAGAAAUUGCGCAAGUUGUUUGAAGACAUCAAGGAGUCCAAUGGGGAUAUGGUGGCUGACAAUUUGCCUGAUUCUGACGGCUCUGAUGAGGAGGACCCGCAGGGCAUGAACGACGAAGAGGCAUUUGCGUACGCGGAAGAGCUCAAGCAGGAGGCGCUAGACAAGGAAUUUGCGGCAAAGGAGACCACCCUCAUCAGACAUGAGAGCAGCCAGCGUAGCAAGCUUUUGGCGGUGAUUCAGGACUUGAAGGCAUCCAACGACGAAGCUCGCGACCGGAAGCUUGCUGAACUCAGGAGCUUUGUGGACUAUGGCGUGACGGAGAGUAAGGCCUAUGCGUACUACAAGAAUCAUGGUGGUUACUUGAAGAUGCGGUUGCACGUCAGAGAGAAGGAGGAAGCCAAGGAUGCCGCAGAUAGGGAAGCCGAGGCAGUCGAACAGGCCUCUAUGGCCAAGGCAGAUGAGUUCUUGUCUUCGCUCACUACGAAGCCGAUCAAGCUCAGUCUCAAUGUCAGGGACGAAGGCAAACUAAAUGUUGCGGCUUUGGAUGCGAAAGACGGGGUUUGGGAGCUUGUCAGAGCCAAAAUCGAUGAGUUGGUGGAGGAAUCCUUGGGCGAUGCCGAAGAGGAGUUGUCCAAGUUUAUCUUUGACUUUGUCCAAGAUGGAGCAAACGACAAGGCCGGCUUGGUGAAGGAGCUAGAGGAAACGUUGGACGAUGAUGCUGUGGAGCUUGUCCAGAAGUUAUGGGAGUUUAUCCACGAACAGUUAUAAAGGGAAAUUUACAAGAGGUGAAAGGCUAAGUAAUUUCUGGGUUUAAGCUGCAUGAGGUAGGUGUUAUCAGGCUACAUUUUCGGGAUAUGGCCUGGGCCAUGUGGAGCUCUUACUUCAGUCACUCCAUUGGCGAAUGCAUGUUCCUGACGAAAGUAUACUGUAGCGACAUAAGCAUAUAACAGGUGCUCAGUUUCUAAUAAAUGAGUUAAUCGGGU